GGAAAAAAAAAUUACAACAAUUUCAACAACGCUGCAGACAAACAAACACCAACAAAACAACAACAACAACAAUCAAUCGAAAAUUGAAACUUAUGGAUUGCUGGACGGGCAACGCCCGACUGGCGAGUGUUUUAGUUUAAGGUGAGUCAACCACAAAGUCCGAGCCCAUAUCCAACUACUAAAUUGUCAAGCAGCAGCGUAAGCUGUCACCGACAUGGGCAGUGAGCAAUACUGCUUGAGGUGGAACAAUCAUCAAUCCAACCUGUUAGGGGUGUUUAGUCAAUUAUUCCAGGACGGGAGCCUGGUGGACGUUACAUUAGCUUGUACAGGGGGCCCAUCCAUCAGAGCCCAUAAGGUGGUCCUGUCGGCCUGCUCAUCAUAUUUCCAGAGCCUCUUUCUGCAGCACUCCGAUCCACAUCCAAUUGUGAUAUUGAAGGACGUCCGUUUUGCUGAGCUGCAAACUUUAGUUGAAUUCAUGUACAAGGGACAGGUGAACGUGCAAUAUUGUCAGUUGCCCGCGCUGCUCAAGACAGCCGAAUCCCUCAAGGUCAAGGGUCUUGCCGAGAUGACGAACCAGAACACGACGCUGCGGGAGCCCGAACGGGAACCAGAUCGUCUGCGUCCGCACUCGCAGGCCGGCGGUGGUGCCGGCGGCGGUGGUGCCAGCAAAGCGGCCGAUAGUCCCGCUGCUGCAGCAGCGCUGGAUGCCACAACAGCAACAUCCGCAGCAGCAGCAGCAGCGACCAGCACAACAGCAACAGCAACUGCUGCGACGACGACAGCAGCAACAACCGCAACAGAUUCAGUCACAGGAGGCACAACAGCAACAGCAACAACAACAACUACAGCAGCAACAGCAACAGCAUCAUCGGCAGCCAUGACGUCAACAACAGCAGCAGCAGCAGCAGCAGCAGCAGUAGCAACAAGCACAGCAACUGCAACAGCGACUGCGGCCGAGGCAGCGCAGUCGGCAAGCGGCAAACGCGAGGCGAGCGAACGCUGCAGUCCAACGCCGCCGAAGCGGCCGACCAGUGGCAGCGCCUUUGAGCUGCUGGACGACGAGGAUGAUGAUGACGAUGAUGAGGAGGAGGAGGAGGAGGAGCUGGAAGAGCUUGACGAGGAUACACCAAUGCCGCUAGAUCUCUAUCAAAGACCCGCCGCCGCCGCCGCGGCCGCUGAUGCACAUGCCAUACCGCCCGAGAGCAACGCCAGCAGCCACAGCAGCAGCAACAACAACAACACCAAUACCAACAGCAGCAGCAACAACAACAACAACAGC